UUGCGAGAAUAUUUCCUCAAAAUUAAUAAGUUUGUUGUCUGACAGUACGAGCAUAAUAGGCAAGAUCUUUUUUUUUCUACAAAAGUCGGACGUGUCAUAACAAUCAAGGGAAAUAAAGAUCAUGCUUACGAAAUUAUCCAUUUUCAUCGAAAAUGUGAACUGGGUGCCCAGAAUUCUAGUUAGAACAGUAAAGAGACCAAUGAGCACAGAACGUGAUGUUAUUUUGGAGACAAAAGGAAAUAAAGGUGUCAUAAUUCUAAAUCGUCCUAAAGCAAUGAAUUCCCUGACUUUGAGUAUGAUGCGAAAAGUAUCCUCGCAGUUGAAGUCAUGGGAUUGGGAUCCUGCGGUGAAAAUGGUCAUAAUUAAAGGUUUUGGUGGUCACGCAUUUUGUGCUGGAGGAGAUAUGAGAACAUUUGUCCAUGCAUAUAAGGAUGGAAAUCUGAAGUUGGUGGAAGAUACGUGUCGGGAAGCAUAUCAAUUGGUUAACUUAAUAGACACAUUGAAAACUCCAUACGUUGCACUUAUUGAUGGAAUAACAAUGGGAAUGGGAGUUGGAAUUACCGUGCAUGGUACUUAUAGAAUAUGCACUGAGGGCACCGUCUGCGCUACGCCUGAAGUUGCUAUUGGUUUUUUUCCUGAUGGGAGUGCUAGUUACUUCCUCCCAAAACUUCCUGGGAAAAUGGGUGUGUUUCUUGCUCUCACUGGGCAUCGUUUACUAGGCUACGAUGUUCUUAAAGCUGGCAUUGCAACUCACUAUGUUGACAAAACUAAACUCAGUUAUUUAGAAACUGCGUUGUUAGGAUUACCAAACCCAUCGUUGGCUGAUAUUGACAGAACAAUACUGAAAGUUUCACAACAGGGAGAGACAGAUCCCAAGAAAGAUUCUGCUUUAAGUCUGGCCUGGAAAAAAAUUAAUAUAAUGUUUGAAGCUGACAGUGUUGAAAGUAUUAUGGAUGCUCUUCGGACGGAAGGUUCUGAUUGGUCUCGAAAGCAGCUUGGUGUUCUAAACAAAAUGUCUCCAACUUCGCUAAAAGUGACAUUCGAAGCAUUAAAACGUGGUGCUAAUAUGGAUCUUCAAAAUUGCUUGAAAAUGGACUAUAGAAUAGCUCUAAAGCUUGUAAAGACUUCAGAUUUGUACGAAGGUGUUAAAAAAGUUCUCAUCGAUAAAAACAACAAACCAGUUUGGAAACCAGCUACAUUAAAGGAGGUUACUGAAGAUAUUGUGAAUUCCUAUUUCGAGCAGUUCCCGUUUGACAAAGAAUUAAUGUUGUAGCUUUGUGUUUCAGCACAGAGGAUAAAAAACUAAACGCGCUCAAAACUGUAGUUAUUGAACAAAUUUAUUUUUUCAGUUCUGUUUGAAAAGUUUCUAACAUAAAAAUAAAGAAUGAAACUCUUUCA